AGUGUUGUUUUGGUCUUGACCUAUCCUACUUACAAGCUCUUUUCUCUCAAUCAAGAAAAUGGAAACCGCUAAUCAGAUUGUGUCACUUGGGACAUUACAAGUGCUUAAAUUACCUUUGGGAUUUAUCCGCGUUCUGGAAUGGCUUUUUGCCAUCUUUGCAUUUGCAACAUGUGGAGGCUACUCUGGGCAACUGCGGGUUAGUGUGGACUGCAUCAACAAGUCUGACAGCAACCUCAGGAUUGGCAUCAACUUUGCUUACCCAUUCAGGUUGAACCGGGUGGAAUUUGACGUGCCGAUGUGUGAGGGAAGGAGGCAAGAGCGGCUUUACCUGAUUGGAGACUUUUCCUCCUCUGCCGAGUUCUUCGUCACCAUUGCUGUGUUUUCCUUUCUGUACUCCCUGCUGGCCACUGUGGUCUACAUCUUUUUCCAGAACAAGUACCGCGAAAACAACCGUGGACCUCUCAUUGACUUCAUAGUGACGGUGGUGUUCUCAUUUAUGUGGCUGGUGAGCUCAUCUGCCUGGGCUAAAGGUCUUUCAGAUGUAAAGGCGGCAACUGAUCCAGAUGAGGUGGUUCUGCUCAUGUCUGCAUGUAAGGUGCAGACCAACAAGUGCAGCUCAGUUUAUGGACCCAGAUGGUCUGGCCUGAACACAUCUGUGGUAUUCGGUUAUUUGAACUUCGUGCUUUGGGCUGGAAACAUCUGGUUUGUGUUUAAAGAGACUGGAUGGCACAAGGGAGGUGCAGCAAGGUACCCUGCCUCAUCCUCAGAAAAACAAGCCACGGCCUUCAACCAGCAGGUCUACAAUCAGGGAAGCUUUGAUCAAUCAGGAGGUGCUUUUACUGGAACAGGGGAUUUCGCCCAAUCAGAGUACAGCCAGGUGGGAAAUUAUGGUGGGCCCAUCUCCUACACCAAUCAGUAACACCCUCUGCCUCUUUGUAAUCCCCUAACACAGGGGACCAAUUUCUAAGGGCAAAGUUCAACACUGAGCACAUGAGAAGAAGGAAAAGAUUAGUUUAACAGAUAGAUUAAAAUGCAUCCUUUAUUUCUGAUCAUAUAAAUAAAUAAAGGCUUGUUUGUCCAGAAUAUUCAUAUGUUUUUAAAAUGAAUGACAGGGAUCCUCGGAUGUAUGGUUUUUGACUUUACCUGUUUACUGAACAAAGGUCAUUACAUCCAAAUGUGAAACGCAAUGCAAUUUUAAUGGAGUUUUAAUGGAGAUGGUGCUCCUGAAGGACAAGGAAAAAUGAAGAGUUUUCAAAAGUGACAUUACAUCACUAUGACCAAACGUUUUUAGAGACAGUCCAUUUGUAAUUUAAAUAGUAUUUCUGCUGAACCGACUCUUUCCACAACUUUAAAAUGAUUUUUAUUUGCCAAAUUCGAAUUUGACGAAUAAUUUACUUCCAGAAUGUGACAUAUUUGACAUAAUGGAGUCAUAACGAAUAUGAAGUUGCUAAAACAAUAGCUAUUCAGUCACUGGCUAACACCAUCCACUAUUGAACAACACAGGAAAGUAAUUUCAGAGGCAGAACAAAUGAUAACAUUUUCAUCAAAGGUUACAAAGACAAACCUUUUCAAACUAUUCUUUUAAAUAACAUUUACAGAUUAAUCAAUCAUAAUAAGAGCAUGAAUGUGCAUUAAGAAAGUAAAUGCAGUCUGUUUUGAUUUCAUGUUGACUUUUAAAGGAAUAGUUCAAGAAAAAACUCAUCCUCGGGCCAUCCAAAAUAUUGAUGAGUUUGUUUUUUUAUCAGAACAGAUUUGGAGAAAUGUA